AUGCCCAAGACCCCCACGUUUGAAGAAAUCACCGGCUGCCAGCGCGCUCUCUUCGAAUGGGCCGACAGCUACGACACCAAAGACUGGGGCCGUCUACGUAAGAUCGUGGCGCCCACCCUCAGAAUUGAUUACCGCUCCUUCCUCGACAAGAUCUGGGAAGCGAUGCCCAGUGACGAAUUCAUCCUUAUGGCCUCGGACCCCCGUUUCCUGGGAAACCCGCUCCUGAAAACGCAGCAUCUGGUCGGGCUGAGCACGUGGGAGAAGACGGCCGAAAAGGAGAUGGUGGGACAUCAUCAGCUGCGCGUUGCGCAUCAACGAUACACCAGUGACACGUUCACCGAGGUGGCGGUGAAAGGUCAUGCACAUGGGACGGCGACGAUGUGGUAUACUUGCGUUGAGGGGGAGUGGCGGUUUGCCAGAGUGUGUCCCAAGAUCAAUUGGACGGAGUUUAAUUAUGAUCAGGUGUUUGCGGAGGGGAAAGAGCAUUUUGGAGAGAAAGAGGAGAAUGGGCAUGUUGAGCAAUAG